AUGACAACCAAGUUCCUAAGUAAAUUAUUGUCUAGUAUUGUUCAAUCAUACAAUACAAAAAUGGUAUUAGUUGUAAGAACAGAUUUAAAAAUGGAAAAAGGUAAAAUUGCCUCACAAUGUGCACAUGCUGCUGUUAUAUGCUACCAGCAAGCAUUAGAUUCUUCAGCAGAACAGCAGCAACUUGCAAGACAAUGGUUCAUUCAAGGACAGCCCAAGAUUGUACUUAAAAUUGAUAGUGAAUUAAAAUUGCAAGAACUACACAAAGCUGCUCUUGAAAAUAAUCUAAAUUCUGCUGUUGUACAAGAUGCAGGGCAUACUCAGGUUCAACAUGGGACUAUGACAGUUUUGGGAAUUGGACCAAACUGCAAAACCCAAGUAGACAAAAUUGUUAGUCAUUUAAAAUUGUAUUAAAUAAAUAAUUCAUCUUUAUGCAAGCAA